UCAAAACUAUUAACAAAGUGUUGAAAUUAUAUGUAGCCUGUGGACAAAAGGGCUAUGAAGAAAUGCGUCGACAAAAUUUGCCUUAUCCAAGCAUUCGGACUAUACAACAUCACAUACAAGGCUUGAAAUGUACAAACGUUCAACAGUGAAGAAAAGCAUGCAGUACUUCUCUUCGACGAAAUGUCAAUAAAACCUGGCUUACAAUACGAUCAUUCCAUUGCUUCAGUUGUGGGACGGCCAACAAUAAAACUAUCAGGUGGAUUUGACAGUUCUCAACAACAAGCAACUCAUGCUCUUGUUUUCAUGCUGUGCGGCAUUUCCUCAAAGUGGAAACAAACAAUAGCAUAUGAAUUUACAGCAAAUUCAUUUUGCUCACAAGAAAUAGUUCAAAUAAUUACAGCAAUUAUUCAAAAAGCAAAUGAUAUUGGCAUAAAAAUAAAAGCAGUCAUUUCCGAUAUGGGACCACAAAAUAGGAGUUGGUGGAGAAUCAUGAAUAUCACAGUUGGUAAACAUUCUAAAAUCAAUAAUUAUACUGCACAUCCAUGCUCUAAUGAGGAAAAAUUAUUUAUUAUGCCAGAUUCAGUCCACGUGUAUAAAACCGUUGCGUGCUCGUUAACAACAGGCAACAAAUUUUAUUUGGACGAUACACUUGUCAGACUAUAUAACUUACCACAUAACGAAAUAUCAAUGAAACCUAUUCGCGAAGUACAUAAUUUAGAAAAAAAUGAUUCAUUGAAGCUGUGUCCACAUCUAAAAGAA